AUGUGUUUGCUGUGCAGUGGCUAUAUGUCUCCGGAGUAUGCCAUGGGUGGGAUAUUUUCUGAAAAAUUUGAUGUCUACAGCUUUGGGGUCAUGGUAUUAGAGAUUAUAAGCAGCAAGAAGAAUACCAGCUUCUAUUUUUAUGACCAACAGCUAGGCUUCCUUGCCUAUGCAUGGAAGUUGUGGAAUGAAGGCAGGGCGUUGGAGUUAGUAGAUGAAGUAUUGGGUGAUUCAUAUUCCUCAUCCGAAGUAAUGAGAUGUGUGCAUGUUGGGCUUCUUUGUGUACAGGACAAUGCUGCGGAUAGACCAGCCAUGACCGAUGUAGCUUCAAUUCUAAGCAGCGAGAAAGAUGGUCCACAUCCGAAGAGGCCUAUAUUCACUAUCCAAAACUCAGUUUAUCAUCCUGGACCAUACUAUGAAAAUACAAAUUCCUCAAAAAAUGAAGCUAGCAUUACAAUAAUUGAAGGACGGUAAGCAACAGCAAAUUGGUACAUCGCAAUGCAAUGCCUUUUAGUGAUUCUCAAGGGGUUCUUGUACAUAUUAAAGGCUUUCUAGUUGGUAGUAUAUGAAGGUCUUUUUCGUUUAGAAGAUGCUCCAAAAGUCUAUAUUGAUGCUUUUACAAAUUUUAUGCACAAAAUAUUAAGUAUGCACUUGGUGAUACCAUUUUUCUGUAGUCUAAUACUUUUUAUUUUAUUUUGUGUUGUUUUAA